CCUGGAAACGUCACUCGCACAAUUGAGGAGCAGUGGACGAUGUAUCAAUGGAAUUCACUCGUUAAUAUGUAGUGGAUGUGGAGGUAACGAAAAUCGGGUGAGCGUGUUAGCAAUAGCAAUCGGAGCGUCUUCUGCGAAGCCAAUGAUUCUGCCACCGUAUAUCAUGUAUCGGACCUGA